AUGAAGAAACUUACCUUACUAAUUUUGAACAUAAUUAUGUUUGCAAUAGGCAACUGUGGUGGCCCUUUGAUCUCUCGUCUCUACUUCAUCCAUGGUGGUCAAAGAAUUUGGCUUUCUAGUUGGUUACAAACUGUUGCUUGUCCCUUAAUCCUCAUCCCUUUAUCCAUGGCUUAUUUUCAACGCCGGAAAAUUGACGGCCCAGAGGCCGCCAAAAUAUUCUUCAUAACUCGUCGAGAAUUCAUCGGAGCUGCCAGCGUCGGAAUCAUCGCCGGUCUCGACGGUUAUUUAAUCUCAUGGGGCCCUGCAAAAUUAUCCGUUUCAACUUCAUCUCUUAUCAACGCGACUCAACUCGCGUUCACCGCACUCUUUGCAGUACUUCUGGUGAAGCAAAAAUUGACGGCGUAUUCGAAGUCUUCCGUUGUUUUAUUAAUCACCGGAGCUGCCAUGUUGGCGCUUCAAGGAGACGGUGACCGGUCGACGGGAGAGUCGGUUAAGGAGUAUAUGUUGGGGUUUGUAAUGACGGUUAUGGGUGCAGUUUGUUUUGGGCUGAUGAUGCCGCUUAUUGAGUUGAUUUAUGUGAAGGCAAAGCAAGUGAUUACUUACACUACUGUGUUGGAAAUUCAGAUGAUUAUUGGUAUUUUUGCUACUGCUUUUUGCACUGUUGGAAUGAUUAUUAACAAGGAUUUUCAGACAAUACCAAGGGAGGCAAGUCAAUAUGAGAUUGGAGAAGCUAAGUAUUAUUUGGUACUAGUAUGGUGUGCCAUUCUUUGGCAAUUAGCAUUGUUGGGAUUAGUUGGAGUAAUCUUCUAUUCAUCAUCUUUGGUUUAUGGAAUUAUAGGCGCUUUCUUACUUCCUGUUACUGAAGUUUUAGCUGUAAUUUUAUUUCAUGAAAAAUUUCAAGUUGAAAAGGGAGUUGCUAUUUUCCUAGCUCUCUGCGGAUUUAUUUCCUAUUUCUAUGGUGAAAUUGAGCAGAGCAAGAAGGAGAAACGAGGUAAUUUCAUGGAUGAUCAUGCAAGUUUUACUGUAUUGCAUCAAAGUGACUAA